AUGUCCGACCGACCGAUAUCCGGGCGGCCGCUGCCGUCUUCCUUUGACGGCAAUGAUAUACAAGGGCUCACAUGGGGCUCGCGCAGGGAUUUCUACAACGAAUCUUCGUCUCAGAAGGUGUUCCGGAAGCUCAAGGAGGAGCCAUUGGUUCCGAUCGGUUGCAUACUCACCAUCGCCGCGUUCACGAAUGCCUGGCGAGCGAUGCGCCGCGGUGACCACCACAAAGUUCAGCGCAUGUUCCGAGCCCGUGUCGCGGCGCAGGGUUUCACGGUGCUGGCCAUGGUCGGCGGCGGCAUGUACUACGCCGAGGACCGCAGCAAGCGGAAGGAGCUCUUGAAACUGGAGCAGCAGCAGGCGGCCGAGGAGAAGCGUCAAAAAUGGAUCAAAGAGCUGGAGGCACGCGAUGAGGAAGAGAAGGCGCUCCAGGAGAUGAUGGACAAGAAACGGAAGCGGGCCUCAGAACGCACGGCGCGCACCGAAACUGGGUCCGAGGGGAUCGCGGCACAAGCGAGAGCCGCUUUCAAGGAGAAGGCUGGCAAGGGCGAGAAAGCGGGCACAGAGAAGACCGAAGCCCCUGGCCAACCAGCCGAUAGCGAGAAGAAGUCUGGUAGUUCUGGGUUCCUCGGGGGUUGGUUCGGUGGUUCAAGCAAGACGCCGGAAGCUCCAGCCAAGGACACAAAAGACCAGAAGCCCAACUCCUCGAGCUCGAGCUGAUCGGAUACAGGCCGAGACAUCACGACCCUUCGGCGUGUAAGUGUACGCCGCAGUGUGCAUAAAAUGUGUAAUAUAUCAAACAAAUUCGGCGUUCGGGUCUACGGAAUCACAGCUUCUUAGUUCGCUUUUCCGCCCUUUCGAGAAGG